GAAACAUUCUGAGAGUGAAUUGUAAUUCUUUGUGUGAAUACAUUGAGACGAUUUUCUCUGUUCUUUUGUGUUACCGACUUAAUAAGGAGAUUGCUUGAGUUUGCUAAUUUGAAGAUUCAAGAUCGACAGAUUGGAAGACAAUAUUGAUUUAAAUUGUUUUUCAAUUUUCAAUACCCUGCAGUGACUGUAAUUAAAACUACAACAUCACUUGAUUUGAUAUAGGAAAUUAAAUACAACUGCGUGUUACGCAGUGCAUAAAGUAUAUACAUUGUACUUAUUCAUCACAUCCCUAAGACCAAUUUGCUUUCUUAAAUAAAACACAUUAAAGAAAUGAAUUUUUUCGCGGCUGCAAGUGCUGUUGGAUUUGCCUAUUGCUUGUUCAAUUCUUUUUUGACAAUAAGAGAAGAUAGGCGACAAAAAGAAAAAGAAAGGCGAGCAGCUGAAGAGAGAAAGAAAAGAGAAUAUGCCGAACUAAGAAAGCGUAGAUUCGGCGUGAAACUUGAUUUAUCUGAAAUAAUUAAAAAAUGCAGCGGACCCAACCUUGAGAUACUCGAAAAUAUGGAUGAGGAAACGCUUAAGGAAAUAGUAAAAGCAUGCGGUUUUCAACAAUUCAACGAUGUAACAUUAGCCACCGGCGAGGCUGCUUUGAGAUUCGGUGGAUCACAACUCAUGUUCGACAUUGUGAAUGGAUGCCCUACUCUCGAUAAAGAUGCGGAUAAAUUUCUACUUUUCCCCCCAGCUAAACAGUGAAUUUCUACCUCAAUCAAGACCAACAUUUCGUAUCAAAUAAAG